UGCCGCACUUCUUCCUGGACUUUGCGCCUGAGAGCGGCUACCUUGCCAGCCGUCCAUCCUGCCAAAGCAAAGAGAGGCAACAAUGAACGUUGAACAUGAAAUCAGUCUUUUAGUUGAAGAGAUUCAACGCUUGGGGACCAAAAAUGCUGAUGGGACGUUGAGUGUGAAGUUUGGGGUACUCUUUGCUGAUGAAAAAUGUGCCAACCUUUUUGAAGCAUUAGUGGGUACUCUUAAAGCUGCAAAACGAAGAAAGAUCGUUAGUUAUCCUGGAGAGUUGCUUCUACAAGGAGUUCAUGACAAUGUUGAAAUUUUGUUACUGCAGGAUUAGCUCAUAUUUUUCAUUCUUAUUGCAUUGUUUUUCAGGUAAAUGAAUAUCUAGACCAAGGCAAAUAUGCAUGAAAAUGUAUUUUCCUUUAAAUCUUUCUAGCCAA